ACCUCAGACCUGAUCCAGUACGAGUAAGGAUGGGUCUCGGGAAACAUUUGAAAGACCCAGACUCCACAAACAAUGACAAGCAAGGAGGUGGUAAUGUCUUCACCUGGGAGGAGAUACAGAGGCAUACGAACAAGAAUGAUCAGUGGCUCGUCAUUGACAGGAAAGUGUACAACAUCACCAACUGGACCAAGAGGCAUCCCGGCGGAAUAAGGGUCAUCAGUCACUAUGCAGGACAGGAUGCCACAGAAGCAUUCACGGCUUUUCAUCCUGAUUCAACCUUUGUGAGAAAAUUUCUGAAGCCCUUGUUGGUUGGUGAGCUGUCAGCAUCUGAACCCUGUCAUGAUCACGACAAGAGUGCAACUAUUGUUCAGGACUUCCGUAACUUGCGUGACCAUGCAGAGAAAGAGGGGCUGUUUCAAGCCAAGCCUCUUUUUUUCUGUCUCCACCUGGGGCACAUAUUGCUACUGGAAGUCCUGGCUUUGCUGCUUCUGUGGACCUGCGAAACCAACUGGACUUCAACACUGCUUUGCUGUGUCAUUCUGGCCACGUCCCAGUCCCAAGCUGGAUGGUUGCAGCAUGAUUUUGGCCACCUGUCUGUCUUCAAGAAGUCCAGAUGGAAUCAUUUACUUCAAAAAUUUACCAUUGGUCACAUAAAGGGAGCUUCUGCCUGCUGGUGGAACCAUCGUCACUUCCAGCAUCAUGCCAAGCCCAAUGUGAUCCGUAAGGACCCUGACAUCAACAUGCUCCAUAUGUUCGUAUUGGGAGACACACAGCCAGUGGAGUAUGGAAUAAAGAAGCUCAAGUACUUGCCUUACAACCACCAACACAAAUACUUCUUUUUCGUUGGCCCCCCUCUGCUUAUUCCAGUGUUUUUCCACAUUCAGAACCUAAAAACUAUGUUUUCACAUCGGCUCUGGGAGGACGUAGCCUGGUGGAUAACCUUUCAAAUUCGCUACUUCCUAUGCUAUGUUCCCUUCUUUGGUUUUCUUGGUUCAGUCCUUCUAUUAAGCGGUGUCAGGUUUCUGGAGAGCCACUGGUUUGUAUGGGUGACACAGAUGAGCCACAUUUCAAAGGACAUUGAAUAUGACAACCAUCAAGACUGGCUGACCAUGCAGUUGAAUUCCACCUGCAAUAUUGAGCAGUCAGCCUUCAAUGACUGGUUCAGUGGGCACCUUAACUUUCAGGUUGAACACCACCUGUUCCCCACCAUGCCCCGUCACAACUUCCAUCGGAUUGCUCCAAUGGUGCGUGCUUUGUGUAAGAAACAUGGCCUUUCCUACGAGGUCAAGACAUUGGGACAAGGUUUCGCGGAUGUUGUGAGAUCACUGAAGAAGUCUGGGAACCUCUGGCUUGAUGCUUAUCUACAUAAAUGAUGAGGAAAUAACCAUCUGACAGACUUGAGUUGGUCACCAAAAAGUGCAUUUUGUCAUUCACUUGAUACAGUUGAUAUUCUUAUGCACAUAAAUGUGCUGUAUUUUGUCCCAAUAUUGACAGGGUGUUGCCUUAACUUGUAUCUGUGAACUAUUAACAGUUACAGUAUGUGUGUAAUUUUGGAGAUGGCAAUUUUUCUGUUAGAAAAUGUACUUUUGAACAGUGGUCAAAGUGCAACCAAUAACAUAAUCCACAACAUGUUAUUUAGCAGAAAUCGGGGAACUCCCUCUGUGUGGUUCUAUGCUUCGCCUAACUUGUAGGUCUAAUUGUGGGGUGGGUUCUUUCUUUUGCAAAAUCGAGCCC